AUGUCUUUAACUCCAAAAAAUACUUAUAGAAUUUCUCAUGUAUUUGAGGAGCAUAAUCAUUCUUUUGUUGAUGAAGAGGAUUAUCAUCUUUUAGCUUCGGCUAGAAAGUUGACAUUCACUGAAGAGCAACUGCUUUCUGAUUUUUCUGAGAUGAAUAUUGGUCCAGUUAGGGCAUUCAACCUUAUGAGAAAGAUUCGUGGUGGAUUUGAUAAGGUUGGAGUGACGUCUAUUGAUUGUAAAAAUUUUAAAAGAAAUAUUAAUUUGUUCAUUGGAGAGUUUGAUGUGGAUAUGGCUGUCCAACGUCUUAUGAAGAAGAAGCUGUAUUUGCCGAAUUUUUCUUGUGAAUUUUAUUGUGAUGAAAAAGGUGCUCUUGCUGGAUUAUUUUGGGCUGAUGAAGAAAUGAAACUGAAUUAUGAGGUCUUUGGGGAUGUUAUGUCUUUUGAUGCUACGUUCCAUACGAACAGGUAUGACUUGGUAUUUGUUCCGUUCACUGGAAUCGAUAAUCAUCAUCACAAUGUCACGUUUGCUGGUUCUUUGUUAGCAUCUGAAACUGCUGAAUCAUAUAAAUGGCUUCUUCAAAGUUUUUUGAAGGCUUUUGGUGUUGCACCUAAGGUGGUUGUGACUGAUCAGGACGCUGCAAUGAAAAUUGCCAUCCGAGAUGUUUUCCCAGAUACCAGACAUCGUUUGUGUAUGUGGCAUAUAAUGAUCAAAGUUUCUGAAAAGGUUGGUACUGAGCUAUCACAAGAUGAGGUUUUUAAAGAAGAUAUAUGUGAUGUUGUAUGGACUGAUGCUCUUGAACCAGCACAGUUUGAGACACAAUGGUGUGAUUUAAUGAUUAAGUACAACCUUACUAGUAACAGCUGGCUGUCUGAUAUGUACAACCUCAGAUCAGAUUGGAUUCCUGCAUACUAUCGUCAUGAACAUAUGUCCGGUCUUAUGCGUACAACAUCUAGGUCUGAGAGUGAAAAUCAUUUUUUUGGUCAAUUAACCAACACAAAAUUGUCAUUAGUUGAGUUUUUGAGCCAUUUUGAUACUGCAAUGGAAUCUCAGAGGUUUAAGCGCAGCAAACGUGAUCAUGAUACCAAAUACACACAACCUCGCAUGAAAACCAGUUAUGAAUUGGAACUGGAAGCUGCAAAGAUUUAUACUCGGGGGAUAUUUUUUGAUGUUCAAGAAGAAAUUCGACUUGCUUGCAAGAAUUGUAUGUGCAGGCGUGAAGAAGAAGUUGGUGAUUCAAUUAAGUUUUAUAUUCUACAGGUCAAUCUUCCUGGCCUUCAUGAGGUUCUUUUUACUCCUAAGGAUAUGGUAAUUAAAUGCAGCUGCAACCGAUAUGAGCAGUAUGGUUUGCUAUGUAGGCAUGCCUUUUGUGUUCUUCGUCUUUGUGGUAUAAAGGAGUUCCCUAAAAAAUAUGUUAUGAGGCGUUGGACAAGAGAUGUUGUUCCAAAAAAGACAAAAGUUUCGAGUUUUGAUCAAAAUGCUGCUGGUAAUCAAGUUGAACGUGCUUCCAGCAUUAUGCGUGAGAUAAUGACUGCAACUGAACAUAUUGUUAACCGUCUUGUUACAAAUAUUGACCUGUUAUCGUUGUAUAGAGACCAAGUGAUCGAGUCGAAGUUGAAGGUUGAUUCUGCUGACCUUCCUGCAGAAUCACUUGACAAGAAUGCAAGAUUAGCUAAUAUUCUUCAUGCUGAUCAGCCAUGUUCAUCGUCUUCUGCUACCAUUCUUCCACCUAGUGGUAUUAGAAACAAGGGGUGUGGUUCAAACAAACGCUUAAAGUCUUUUCGUGAGGUAUCAUCUUCAAGAAUAUCAAAGAAAACUAAAACUAGAGGUUGUUUGAUAUGUGGAGGUCAUGGACAUAAUAGUCGGACUUGUAAGAUGAAGACUACUGUUGCUGAUUCCCAGAAGAGUAGUUAGUCGUGUGUCUUGGAAAUCAUGAUAUUUGGAUUUGUUAUUUUUUUCAUUUCA